UCUGAUCUUGUUUGAUCUAAUAUAUUUCUACACUGAUCUCCUGCAGCAAACUCUCUCUAUAUCUCUAUUUACUAAAAGCUUUUUUCUUUUCUUUUCUUCGUUUGCCACAGAAGAAGAAAAAACACAAUUUUUGCUCAACCCUUUUAUGCAUGGAUGAUUCUCUCUCUCUAAAGCUGGACUCUGAGGUUUUGCCAAAAGAACUCAGACCACAAAGUCAUGCGUCCAAAAAAAGGAAGGUGGUGGAGAAGACAGUUGUUAAAGUGAGGAUAGGAACAAAUAAGGUAGGGAAAUUACUAAAGAACGAAGGACCCCCUUCUGAUUUCUGGUCUUGGAGGAAAUAUGGCCAAAAGCCCAUAAAAGGCUCUCCUUAUCCAAGAGGUUAUUAUAGGUGUAGCACAUCAAAAGGUUGCUCAGCCAAAAAACAAGUAGAGAGAUGCAAAACAGACGAUUCCUUGCUUAUAAUCACCUACACUUCUAGCCAUAACCAUCCUGGUCCUGACAUCUCUAAUGCAACAACUACACUUACCAAAGAACAGCAAGAAAAGCAAUCCAAGGAUCAAGAAGAUCAUGAUCAUCAUGAUCUUCCUCCACCAAUGGUACAAGAAGAGAAGAAUCAGUCAGAGCUAGAAAAAGAUGAUCAAGAUCAUUUCCACUACAUACAGUCCCCAAUUAGAUGUUCCCAAGACAUAGUAAUUGGCCUAGAAGAAGAAGACCCUUUAAUAGAGAAAACGACAAUAUGUGACACAUUACUUGGUGGGACGUUUCCCUUGGAUGAAGAGCCCCUCAUCAAUGUGUCCCGUACUCAUCAACUCUUGUGCUUCUCAAAACCCAAAAUAUCAGAAGAAAAUAACGAUUUCUUUGACGAGCUUGAAGAGUUGCCCACUUCUUCCUCCUUCACGGGCUUCAUGAGAAGCCAUCUUUCCGAUGAGAUCAGGAUUCCUUUUGUCCCUUCUUGAUCCAUGUGUUAGUGCCCUCUCUUCUUUUUUUUUUUCUUUUUUUUUUCU